AUGGCCAAUAUGGACCCGCCGGAAUCCCAGUCCUCUCAGUUGAGAGAGGCAGGGUCGCUGCGCGUCCCGGUCGUUCUUAAUGGCAGUGUCGUUCCACACGACAAUGUUGUGGGUCUUAAAUAUGAAAAUUCGCUAAAUGGAGACUUCCCUGAGUACGCCGAGCGUGAAGGGGACGUAGUCGACCAACAGCCAUCGUUAGACAAGCUGGGUGAGCUGAAGCGCAGGUGCCGCUUCGUGGACGGCCCAACAUUGGCCGACGGCAGUCUCAGUCCGACCACAGAGUGCGGUGUUGAACUCCGUGGUGCCGAUGAAAACGACUUGAAGCGGGUAUUCGAGACACACCUCGCUUUAUCCCACCCUCCUCAAUUUCGUCAAGAGAAUGACAAGGUGGUUAGCAAUUGUACCUGGCUGUAUCAAGACGGCACAAUAUGCUCCGAGUUGAUCAAACAACAUUCGGAGAGGCGCCCAUGUUAUGCCCUUGCGGAGCAUGUCGGCAAAAAGAUCGACCAUUUCGCCUUCCGGCAAUGA